CCGAUCCAAGAUGCCGAGCGACCCAGCGGAGUCAGCUGGCCUCCCUGGUAGAGAGGAGAGUGGAGCACUUGGGGCAUCUCCGUCGGAGGCACCACCAGUCGCCCCACCUACGCCUCCCCCACCGGAGCCCGUUUACACAGUGCAGGACAUCGCCACGGAGGUAGAGGCCAUGCUGGAGGAGGUAGUGCAGGCCGAGGUGGCUGACGUGGCUGCCACCGGAGCCGAGUACAUCUCUGCUGCACUCAGCAUGUGCAACGGCCAGGUGGAGGCAGUGCUGAGUGAGGUGGUGGAGCAGAUGCUGCGGGAGGUUUCUGCUGCCGAGAUCCAGGCAGAGAGGGAGCAUAUCGCUGAGGAGAAGCGCAGGAUGGAGGAAGCCAGGAGAAAGCAGGAACACGAGGAGCUCCUGGCCCGGCUCAGCAAGACACUGUGUGCCGAGAUCACACAGGAGGUGCUGCGCGACUGCAUCGUGGAGACUGCCUCAACAGAGAUCAGGCGUGCCCAAGAAGAGCAGGCAGAAUGUGUGGCUCGCAGCUCACAAGACGUGUGUGAGGUACUGCUGGAGGAGACGCUGUGUGGUGAGCUCACCCUGCUGGCCCAAGACGUCCUGGAAGCAGAGCUUCUGAGUAUACGCAGGUUCAUCAAAAGGUGGCGUGAUGUGGUGGCCGUGCGCAGGCAGCUGAAGCGACCAGAUGCGUGAUUUUCCUGCUGCCCCUGGCUGUGUGGACCCCCGCUUCAGGCUGCAGGCCUUGGCCCCCAGUGCCCCCCCCUCACCCUGCCUGGACAGGCUGGCCCGGGGCGUGGUCAACCUGGGGCACGCUGGGGACCUCUCUGUUUCCUGCA